AUGUCGCUCCUGCAACACCAAGACUUCGUGCUCUACCGCAUCCGCAACCGCUACCUGCACACCAUGAAAGACGGCGUCGGCGAGCGCCUCAUCAGCAUCAACCCCACCGCGCUCACCAUCCCCGCCUUCAAGAACGCCGGCUGGGGCUCGCCCACCGAGAUCCGCCGCACGUACUCACCGCCCAUACCGGUCGGUGCCGAGACGGAGUAUUUUGCGCUAAGGGAGGUGGGGGUUGCUGUUGCGAACGGGGCGGCGGGGGGGAAUGGGGCCGGGGGAGGGGGAGGAGGGGCGAAUGGUAGCCCGCCGCUGUUUGAGGUGCUGAUGAGCGGGAGUGCGGGGGGGAGGGAGAGGAGGCGUGCGAGGGAGAGAGAGAGGGAGGCGCAUACGCAUCGGGAGGUGGAUGAUAGUAGUGUUAGUGAGGAGAGCGAGGAGGAGGAGGGGGGUACGGCCCCCAGCACACGCAUCCAAUUCGACUUUCCCAAAAAAGAAAUCGCCCCGCGCCCGCGCUCCGGCAGCUCCCCCAUCCGCUCCGGCCCCCAAGUCCUCGUCACCUCCCCCUCCAAAUCCCGCACCCGCCGCCUGCGCGGCGGCUCCCACGGCGACGUCGACUUCGUCAAGAGCACGCUGCACACCUCCAACAUCGACCGCCUCCCCGACGCCGACGAAGAGAUCCUCAGCAGCGGCAUCAUCUCCGCCGAGAAGCUCCACGCCCGCAUCACAGACCGUCUCCGCUCCUCGCCCAACUCGUCGCUCCCGCGCGACGGCGGCUUCGAGAGCCCCGAAGAUAGUGAUGAUACGGCUAGCAUUAGUUCCGACUUCCCCGAGACGGCCGACUCGAACCCGGCCGUGCUGGGCGGCAUGGGGAUGGGCAUGGGCGGGUCCUCGUCGCUGAGCACUGCGAUGCGGCGGCUGCCGCCGCAGCACCAGCAGCACCAGCACGACGCGGCAGUCCUGCACGCCCUCCCCCCGCCCAUCCGCCCCGUGUCGCAGCUGCAGCCCGUGUCGGCGCUCACGCAGCUGCUCGCAGCCAAGAGCCGCGAGGCCGAGAACCCGCUCGAGAGCUACAGGCUGUUUAGCGGCAAGGGAGAGCUCACGCCGAUUACGCUGCACCUGUACAUCCCGUACUCGCGCAGCAAGGCGCCCAUCGACGUGAUCCUGAACCGGCUGCCGAAGCAGCGGGAUGGGCAGAACGGCCGUGGAGAGACGACGGUCGCAGAGGCGAUCGGGUUCACGCUGUACAAGUAUAUUGAGGACAAGCGCGAGCCGGCGCUGACGGAGGAGCUGUGCGAUAUUAAUAUGUGGACGUUUAGGAUGGUGGAUGAUGGUGAGCCGGAUGAGGACUUUCCGCCACUGGAGAGGACGCAGCCUGUGACGGCGUAUAUUGUGAAGAAGACGGGGCGCGGCGGGCGCGGCGCGCGCGAUAUGAAGAUGGAGGGUGAGUUUGCGAUGGUGCAGGCCACGCCAGAGCAGUAUGUCGAAAACUGCCGGGCGACGCCUACAGAGCGGCGGAAACCCUCCACCACCGCCGCCUCCAUCACCGCGCCCACCGCUGUAGCCACCACCGCCCCGCCCGGCGGCGCUGUCCCCACUACAACCCCCGCGACCCCCAGCACCCCAACAAACACGACCAUCGGCCUCGCCGCAACCACCGACCACGCCACGCCCGCGACAAAAACAGGCCCCAGCAAGAUCAUCCGCAUCCACAUCAGCACCAUCGACGAGUUCGCACAGUCCGUCUCCGUCUGCGUCACCAGCGACACCUUCAUCGCCGAGGUCCUCGACCAGGUGUGCCGCAAAAAGCACCUCGACAAGUCGAAAUACAUCCUGCGCCUCACGGGGCACCCGAACGUCAUCUGGCCGCUCGAGCGCACUGUUGCGGCGCUGGGGGACCGCGCGGAGCUAGACCUCGUGAAGAAGAAGAUGUUGCCUGCGGGGGCGGUGCCGGCGGUGGCGGCAGUGCUGCCGCUGCAGACGCAGACACAGCUCCCCGCACCGGUCCAGGAGGAGGAGGAGAGCGGUAGGAGGAUGCGGUAUCUGCAGCCUUCGGCGGCGUGGGCGCCGGAUAUGCUUGGCAGUCGUGAUUACCUGAAAUACACCGUCUGGCGCAAAGCCGGCAUGUCGUUCAUGUCGCGGCACGAGCGCAUCCUGGCCAUCGACGGCGAGUACGUGCACAUCAUGCCGUCGCUCGCGCAGGACAGCAGCAAGACGACGAGCAUCCACAUCAGCACCAUUGUCGGGUGCAAGACGUAUCGCAAGCAGCCGAGCCUGUUUAAGAUUGUGGUGCUGCGGCCGCAGCGGGAGAUGAAGCGGUAUGAUUUCGAGGCGGUGAGUGCGGAGCAGGCGGUGGAGUUGGUGGCGGCGCUGAGGGAGGGGAUGGGGCGGUUUGGGUUGCAGUAG